AACGGAGAACCUCAGCCAGUCCUCCAUCUUCCUCCCCAUCAGCACCUGGACAGAGGAACACAUCAGACAACAGAGUGGUGGCCCUUCGUGAAGUGUCCAUUCCUCCAGCAGCUGAGGUCACCAUGAUCAUACAGAUUAUCACCACUACCUUUGGGCUAAACUCCUCUGAUGUCGUUUUCAAGAUAAGGAACCACCGUGGCUGUCUGAUCCCUCUGAACAGCUCGAUCCCUGCUAACAGCAAACACAUGCCUUAUGUGCUUGAGGUAGUGAGGAUCUUUCAGCAUGUGCAUCCCAAGCCCAGAACCAUCCCCAUGACCGUGAUCAACAAGAGCAUGAAGACCAGGCUACAGACUAUUGACAGGAGGAUUCAGAGACUGGAGGAGCUCCUACCUCAGAUCAAACUCAGGCGCGACGAAAAACUAAGCCAGGAGAUUGAAUGUCUCAACCAGAAGUUGAGAUUUCUUCAUAAGAGAAUGCAGGUGGCAGAUUCUCACAGUUGGAAGGGGCUGCUGACCAGAGCCCCUCUGUGGUAAACCGACACCCACAUGUUCGGCUGUUUAGGAGUCCCAAACCAUCAGUGGCACCAUGGUUACACUCAUCAUCCACUACAGACUUUAUUAUCAUGCCACCAUGCAAGGAUGGGAGAAGAUCUGGGUGUUUACAACUUAUUUAUAUAGUCCCAUGUGUGCAAAGAACUGUUGGUUAGGUUUUAUUAUAACUGUACAUCAGUAUAUAUAUUAUCAAUGUCACACUGAUGGCAAACCUCAGAGAGAUCCUUUCCACAAAGUAUGUUCAGUAGUCUGGGUAUUACAUAUUCAUGGCCUGGAAAACAGAAAUCUUGUCUAUAUUUUUUUCUGUCUGGACAUGUAGUGAGAAGUUUCAUGUCACUUUGGUAUAAUAGAGGAACAUAUUUGCAACACUUUGGUGUCAGGCCUUAGUAGAGCUAACUAUGACCAAAUGUAACCUGUGACAUAACCUUAUGUGAUGUGUGCCAUGACACUGAUGAAAUAAAGG